AUGGGAAUAAUAAAGCAAUUAGUAGAGCAUAGAGUAAAAGAGCACAAAACAAAUGAGGUGAUCAAGAAGAUAGCACCGGGAUGGAAAUGGAUAUCUAAUGCUUGUGUAAGUCAUAAAAGCAGAAUCUGGAUAAUGUGGGAUCCUAGGAUAUAUACAUUUGAACCAGUGGAAGUAGAUGAGCAAUUGAUACAUGGUCAAAUAAGAAUUAUCUCAAAAGAAGUCAUGUUUGGGUUUUCAGCAAUAUAUGGCCUACAUACUGUUAAAGACAGAUUGAAGUUAUGGAGCAAGAUGAGACAAAUUCAUAGCAUUCAGCAGGGGCCUUGGCUAGCUAUGGGGGAUUAUAAUGCUGUUUUACAUCCUCAAGAUAGGCAAUAUGGAACUGAGGUACAAGAGAUGAAAAUAAAAAAUUUCAAGGAGUAUAUGAGGGACACAGGGAUGAAUGAAUUACAAUAUGUGGGAAGGAGCUACACAUGGACUAACAACCAUACCUAUAGCCGGAUAGAUAGGGGGCUUGUAAAUGUUAACUGGAUGAUGACAAUGCCAAAUGUGAAAGUGCAGGUGCUUGAACCACUGGUUUCUGACCAUUCACCUCUGAAGCUAGUGAUCACUCAGACACAAGGAAAGAAAAACAGGCCAUUCAGAUUUUUCAAUUGCAUUGCUGAACACCCACAAUUCAUGCAACAGAUUGAAAUAGCUUGGAAGGAUAGGAGCACAAAAGGGACAAUGCAGGAUGUAUGGAACAAUCUCAAAAGUGUAAAAGAGAUAAUCAAAACUAUAAACGUACAACACUAUAAAGGGGUUGAUGAAAGGAUAAAGGAGGCUAGGAAGGAGUUGCAGGGGGUGCAAGAGGAAAUGAGCUUUAAAUUACAGAAUAAAGAGCUGGUUGAGAAAGAGAAAGCAUGGAAGUGUGAGCUAGAAAAAUGGGGAAAGAUAGAAGAAAGUAUAUACAAACAAAGGUCUAGAGUACAAUGGUUGAAAUUGGGGGAUUCAAACUCAGCCUAUUUCUUUGCACAAAUGAAGAAUAGGAACCACUUGAAUGGAAUCCAAAGUUUAACAAAUGAUGUGGGAGCUCAUCUUGUUCUGGAGGAUGAUAUAGAAGCAGAAAUAUUAGGGUACUAUAAGAAACUUCUGGGGUCAAAAGCUAAAAGUAUCCCAGCUAUAAAUCCAAGUGUUAUGAAGCUGGGUGCAAAAUUAAAUAGGGAAUAG